AAAAGAAAAGAAAAACUUUUUUGUUUUUGAUGCAGCAACGCUGAUUUUCGACUGCAGCAGACAAAAGGCAACGUGAAACGUAUUUUAUUGGUGAAAAAACCGAAAAACGGCAGUUCAGUUGUUAAGAAACAUUAGCAAACUGCCUUCUGAUGAACCCUUCCACUCGCAGCAAGCCGAAGAAGAACUCGAGCAGUUCCGACAGUGAGGAUCAUUCGAACGACGACAUCUGGGACGAUACGCUCAUCAUUCGCAACUACGACGAAUCGUUGGCCAUGGUCAAGGAAGAGGUAGCCAAACGUUUGGCCAUGAAAACCAACAAAAAGAUGCUGUCGGGGGGCGCUGCUGCCGCUGCCGAGAAGUCUGCUGGGGGAUCGAAUUCAACGGCUGCCUCAGCGGAAGAGAAGAACUCGAAAAAGGCUCCAGCACCGGAAACGGAUGGUGCCGUGGCUGGUGUCAGCGGAACACAGGACGAGGACACCGAGUCAUCCGGAUUGGAUGUUAGCAUUUCGCCCAACUUCGAGAAGGGGGCAAGCGAGACUGGGGCCAAGCCCGUGUACAAAGUCGGCGAUUAUUGUCGGGCCACCUACGAAGAUGGCGUCGAUUAUGAAGCUAAAAUCCUGGCCCUAAACAUAUCCGGGGACGCCUUGAUUCGCUACGUUGGCUAUAAUAACGAGCAGACGGUAGUGAUCGAAGAUUUGGUACCCUCCUGGGGUAGAAAGGCUCGACGCAAGCAGCGGGAAGAUGCCGCUGACCUGGCCGCUGCAGAAGUCCCUGCAAGUCAGAUGGACAUAAGCGACGAGGAACACGAAAAAUUGACUAAGAAAGCCAGCAAAAUCCGCAUCAACAUUGACCCGAACUUUAAAAUGCCAAAAGGACCGGCCCCGAAUCGGGCGGCUAACGCUGGUUUUAGUGCGGCCAUGCGAGGUGCCGCUUUCAUGGUUCCACCUCCACCUCCAAUGCCCCCGAUGCUCCAAGAUGAAAACGAUCUCGAACAGGAGAAUCUGUCCGCCAUGCUCAUGUCCUGGUACAUGAGCGGCUACUACACCGGACUGUACCAUGGCCAGAAGAUGAACCAAAAACGACCACGCCCAUCCUAAGCAGGUGGUCGAGCUUUGUUUUAACGUUGAGACAUAUGACUUUUGUAGGUAUGUAAGCAUUAUCAUUAUUAGUUGAACUGAAGUGAACUCCUUUUUUUCGUUUCUAAUGAAUUGAAACACUUUUAUUAUUUUUUCGUUCUUAAGAGAUACAAUUAAAACGCGAAUAUACUAGUAUUAAAAGUUGCUUACCCAUAUGCUUAAUUUUAUUAUUGAGAAAUUUAUUCCGGAAGCUUUAGGAUUGAUUGCCGAAUUUUCGAUUCCAUUCGCGAUGUUUUUCAAUCAGAUUGCACGACGCCGGUUGUUGUAGCUCAAGAGCUUUUUGUAGCUGUUCAAAGCCAACGUCCUGGCUUAUCGAAGUACUUUUGUUUUGUUGUAAC